AUGCAGCAAAUCUCCAACGUGCGCACUUUGAUGAUCAAUGGAGGGAAAUUCACGCAGGCGCGCAAUGUCUACGAAGCAGGGAAGGACGCAGGCGAGUUCUAUCAAUCUUUAGACGCAGUAUACGACUCCGCGGAGCGGUUCCUAAAUGCUCAAUGUCACCCAGGCACCCGAGAGCGGAUCAUCGAGACCAUCAUGGAGUGGAUUGACGACCCGACUCCUGAAAAGCAGGCCCUGUGGCUCUAUGGUGCCGCAGGCGCCGGAAAAUCUGCAAUCGGCCAAUCCAUUGCCACGAUGCUUAAGGAGUGUUCUGCGAAUCGCAGAUACGGUUCGAGCUUUUUCUUUGCAAAGGGCGUCCCUGGACGUGGAGAUGGGAACAAACUAUUUUCUACCAUUGCCUAUGAGCUUGCCAUCAAUUUUCCUGAAUACCGCGCCGUACUUGACACCAUCAUGCAGGAGAAUCCUACACUCCCCACCAAGUCCAUUAACAUUCAACUUCAAAAUCUCAUUAUCAGACCACUUGCAAAAGUGCGCAAUUGGCCGGCCCAUCACCCAGUGGUCAUCAUCGACGGCCUGGACGAGUGUUCCGGAGAGAAGCGUAUGCAGGUCGGAAUUCUGUCGACCAUUGCGAAUUCCAUUAUUCAACAUCACAUCCCGCUGCGCUUUCUAAUUAUCAGUCGUCCUGAGUACUGGAUUGCCGAUGCGUUUGAAACUGGACGUUUUAGCUCUAUCGUAAAACGCCUCUCUCUGCAAGACGACCUUGAAGCCAACGCUGGGAUAAGAACUUAUCUGCGUGAUGAAUUUAAUAGAAUCUACGACGAAAACAUCGAAGUAAUGCAUUCUAUUCCUCGCACGUGGCCUGAGGAUCACAUCAUCGACGGAUUCGUUCAUCUCGCUUCUGGUCAAUAUGUUUAUGCAUCCACUGUCAUAAAAUUCAUCGGAGAUUCCCUACAUUGUGAUCCCUUUGAACAGCUUCGCAUAUUGUGCUCACUGGACCCUCAUGAUGCUCAAGCAUUCUCUGAACUGGACCAGUUAUAUGCCGCCAUUUUGUUGUCUUAUCCACACUGGGACAGGCUUAAACUUGUUCUGAGUGUCAUUGCGUACUACGGUUAUACCAAUUCUGAAAGCCUCAUGGAACUUGUUCUUGGUGUUCCUCCUUCAGAGCUGCGUCAAAUUUUGCGCAUUGGAGCAUCCCAAUAUCACCUAGGUCUUCCACAAAGAGCUGUCCGUGCUGUCCUCCGUCAUAUUACAAAACUUACGAGCUCAGAAAUGAGUAUUAUUAUCAAUGAGCUCACAUCUCUCUACUCAACACUGGAUGGGAUCUUAUUCAACACAGACAAAUUUAUUCCUCGAUCCAAGCACAUAUUGUGGAUCCUUUCAAGGUUCAAGGAUUCGCUACUACGUGAUUUGUGCUGGAGAAAAGAGAGAAUCAGAAAUAAAUUGACGUCUCUACUGGAUCUACUACAAUCACUUCAACGACUUGUAAACAUGGCGUUCAGUAUUUCAGCGCAGGAGGUUCUCAAGACCAUCCCUAUGGACGGGCCCAUUUUUGGAUAUUUUGUCAGGCGUAGCUGGAACCAGGGCACAAAACUCUCAUUCAAUAUUGCAAGCUUUCGGGACAUAGGCGAGAAGAUGAAUAUUACGCACGAUGUCAUUAUAUCGGAGCUCCAAAGUAUACACGACAUCGUGAAUAUCUGUCAAGUAAACGGAGGGCUCGUGGAAACCAUUAUCGACUUAUUCACAGAGGAAAUCGACAAAAUACCGAAAGCGUGCUUGCGUCCAUCCCUAUUAGCAGAGUGGGAAACUCCAGGUCUCAUCGAUGUGGUUGAACAACUUAAUCAACUCCUCAACACAACUGAAGACGUGCCGGAUUUGCUAUUGAGAGCAGUUGCCAACUUCUUGCAUUGCCCAGCACAGUCAGAUAUCCACUCACAAGAAUAUUUCCAAGUGCCCCACAAGAUGAUUAUACUUAAUAUUCUCAUGCAUCCGCAGCUUCCGAAGUCUCCAGAACACCUCGCAAGAUAUGCGGCAGGUUCAUUGGACUGGUUCCGCAGACAAUUGACAGGACCAAAUAGACGUGUACUUGAGGAACACGAUGGCACACUAAUUUUAAGAUUGGAGAGGGCAGCUAGAGCCACGUUCCUUGCCCUCCUAUCAUUAUACAUCAAACAUUCUUCAUUCUUCGUCGUUAGCGCUAUGCUGAGUGAUAAUUACCCGACAGAGUAUCAGGACCAACACCAUAUUAUGGACGUAUCUCCGAUGAUUGAUGGCACAUACCUUGUUUCGCGGUAUGUAGACACCGAAGGUGCUAACACUGAAUCAUGGCUCACAUCGAGAGUUCUCAAUGAAUGCCUGGAGGAGGUUGAGAAGUCAUUGGGUUCCCAACAUCCUCAGUGGCCCAUUCAACCCUCGGAUUGGUAUCCCCAUCUUGCUGCAUUUCUUCUUAAUGUAUUUGCAGAAAGCUUUUACGUCUCUACUGAAGAAAAGCUUUACGUAUUCAGCGUGUUGAUAUCAAAUAGCUUUUCCCCAAUACUGCUCCAGUGCAUGCCUUAUGCAAUUCCAACCCAGGAGAACCUAAAAAAGAUUAGAUUAAUGCGCCAUUUAUGGCAUAAAGUCCAUCGAAGAUAUCGAUGGAGACCUGCGGCUGGAUUCAGUGACCUUACCAUGGAAUUUUUGGCGGUGCGGCAUUUCCUUCGCUCCCAAAUUUUUGUAUACUCAUGGUUAUAUCAGAAAUAUGACCGCAAAACGUUUUGUGGCAUGGAAUACGAUAAUUUGAUUUCUUGGCUGGUUGAACUGAGAGCGACAGAGUCUCGCAGAAUUCUUGGGGUUAAUAUUAGUGACGAUAUCAAUUAUAAUAUGUACACGACAGACGAGGAGGGGCCUGGUACACAGUAA